AUGGGCUUCCUGUGGACGGGCUCCUGGGUCGUGGUGCUGGUGCUCCACAGCAGCCCGCUGCGCGCUUUCCCCAAGCCCGGAGACAGCCCAGACAAACCUCUACACAAUAGAGAACUGAGUGCAGAAAGACCUUUGAAUGAACAGAUUGCUGAAGCAGAGGCAGACAAGAUUAAAAAAACAUAUUCCCCAGAAAACAAACCAGGUGAAAGCAAUUUUUCCUUUGUUGAAAACUUGAACCUGUUAAAGGCAAUUGCAGAAAAGGGAAAAAAUGAGAAAGGUAGUCAGUCCAUGAGAAGCACCCCAAGUAAUAACCAAUUGAACACAGAAGAUACUGAUUCAACCAAAAUUCGAAGACUGAUCGAUGAUUAUGAUUCUACUAAGAGUGGAAUGGAUCACAAAAUUCAAGAUGACCCAGAUGGCCUUCAUCAGCUAGAUGGAACGCCUUUAACUGCUGAAGACAUUGUCCAGAAAAUUGCUACCAGGAUUUAUGAGGAAAAUGAUAGAGGUGUGUUUGACAAGAUUGUUUCUAAACUGCUGAAUCUUGGCCUAAUUACAGAAAGCCAGGCUAAGAUACUUGAAGAUGAAGUAGCAGAAGUUUUACAAAAAUUAAUCUCGAAGGAAGCCAGCAAGUAUGAAAAGGAAAUCAGUAAACCUACAAGCAGGACUGAGAGUCAAACUGUAAAAGUAACAGGCAAAAUGACUUCAGUGGCAGCCAUUCAAGGAGGUUUUACUAAUCGAGAAAAUGAUGAGACGGUCUCAAACACUUUGACCUUGACCAGUGGAGUACAAAGGAGAACGAAAACUAAAACCUAUGAUGAAGAUACUUUUGAAGAACUUCAGUAUUUCCCAAACUUCUAUAAACUGCUAAAAAGUAUUGAUUCAGAAAAAGAGGCAAAAGAGAAAGAAACUCUGAUUACCAUCAUGAAAACAUUGAUUGAUUUUGUGAAGAUGAUGGUCAAAUAUGGCACCAUAUCUCCAGAAGAAGGAGUUUCCUACCUGGAAAACUUGGAUGAAACUAUUGCUCUUCAGACCAAAAACAAGCUAGAAAAGAACAUCACUGACAGUAAAAGCAAGUUUUUCCCAGCUCCUUCAGAGAAGAGUCACGAGGAAACAGACAGCACCAAGGAAGAAGCGGCUAAGAUGGAAAAGGAGUAUGUUACCUUGAAGGAUUCCACAAAAGUUAACUCCAAUGCAAGAGGGAAGACAAGCAUGCCAAAAGGGAAAACAGAAGCCUAUUUGGAAGCCAUCAAGAAAAAUAUUGAAUGGUUGAAAAAACACAAUAAAAAGGAAAAUAAGGAAGGUUAUGACCUUUCUAAAAUGAGGGACUUCAUCAACCAACAAGCGGAUAUCUAUGUGGAGAAAGGCAUUCUGGAUCAAGAAGAGGCCAGUGCCAUCAAGCGCAUUUAUAGCAGCCUGUGACAACAGGCAAAUGAUCCCAGAAGCUUCCCACUGUUUCAGAAAACAAUCUAGCUUCCACACUUUUAAUUCUGUGGCAAAUUAUUUCAACCCAAGAAUAAGUAGAAAGUGCUGCAUUUCCAGUAGCUAACCUCUUAGAAGUGGCUAACACAUUGCUUCCUUGCCAUAAAAGAAAACUCUGAAAAGUAAAGUUGUAUAUAAGCUGA